UAUCAAUUUCUGCGAAGGUUUAAAAGCUAGUAUAAAUAUACUGUCAUCAUUGAUGAUAAUUCACUAGCUCAAAAAAGAGAAGAUCGGAAAUGCUGUUUAUCGUGGCAAUAAUCUUGUUGGGUCCACAACACCAAGUGGGUGCCAAGAAACCCGAAAUCGUAGGUGAUAUUUUACCCGACAUCAAAAAAGGUCAUGAGACAGGAUACCUGAACUGCACAGUGAUUAAUAAAGGUCCAGGUCAAAAGGUACUAUGGAUAUAUGUUGGGAGCCCUGAAAUACAUCCAACAACGUUCAUAAGCGAGGAUGACUCCGUGUAUGAAGGUAUCCAGUCUAAAUAUGAUAUACAGGUUACUAGAGAUGAAAUGAAAACAACCUACAUGCUUGUGGUACGCAACUUAGACUUUGUGGAUGGAGGAGACUACAAUUGUGUCAUCAGCAUUCCGGGUUUGGAUAGAAACAAAUGGCCAACGAAGACUGGGACACUCGUUGUGCACGUUCCUCCAUCAAUCACACCAGGUAGGAUUUCCUUUUACGAGCAAAUGAUUGGAUCUAAUCUAACAUUGAACUGUGAAGCUUUUGGAGUACCAUCCCCAAAUAUCACAUGGAGGAGAGAGGAUCGAAAAGAACUGCCGAAUGGAGGAUUCCAAAUUCAGGGAGGUCAACUGAACUUGAGAAACCUCCAAAGGGAUGAUCGUGGUGCAUACACCUGCGUGGCUGAGAAUGGAAUCAACCCCCCGGACAGCUGGAAAGUGCAAAUCAGAGUAUUUUGUCCACCAAUCUGCACACCAGUGCAGUCUGUAGUGGGCCAGGCACAGAACAGAUUAUUCAAUGCAAAGUUAACAUGUAUAGUUAAAGGAUACCCACAGCCCACUGUAACAUGGAUGAAGGACAGUGCCGAUGGAAACCGCGCUUUAAUUCAGAACGAUGACCAUUAUCGCAUGACCAAACAUUACAUAAGCCUUUUUCACGAGGAAGAGGUUUGGCACUCUCUUACUGUGAAUAAUGUUCAGGCUAGCGACUAUGGGAAAUACUAUUGUGUAGGGAAGAACAGAUAUGGAGAAGGAAAGACAACUUUUACGUUGUUUGAAACGUUGGAGUGUCAAGGUGCAAAGUGUCCAACCAUUAAAGGUGACGCCUAGGAAGAGUUUGAAUUUGUUGUAUAGGAAUCUGGGAAACCAUAUAUUGGUAUAUGGCAUUUGCCUCCCAUGUGUUAUUGUUUUAUGCAUACUUUAACCAUUUCUUUCUUGAAAUAAUAUUAAAACAUUUCCACAAUUACA